AAAUUGUGUUGGGUCGGGUCAUUUUUUCAGGGCUAGUCACCCUCAAUAAUUACUGAUUUUCUGCUUCAAGAAUUGACUUCAAUUUCGCGGUUCCAUCUCUCUCUGUUUGGUGGGUUUUGUAUAAUUGAUCGGAAUUAAUGGAAAAGUCCGUCGUAAUCCGCCGUGAAACCAAUGGAGACGACGUUGAGGGAGAAGCGGAAAUAGAAGCCGUCUUUGCACAGCUGAAAGUUCUCUGCUUGGAGCUUCUAAACCUAUCGCAAAACCCUGAAAAGGAUCCGGCCACCAUCCCUGCUUUGCUUCAUCUCCUCCGCCGUACUCCUCCGUCCUCUCUCCAGUCCUUCUUCCACUACACUUUGUUCCCAUUGCUUCUUCUGUUAGACGCCGCAGUUGCUUGCAGAAGUCAAGGGAAAAAUCAGCCAGGGGAAUUUCCUACAGUACCUCAUAUAGUGAGUGAUAAAGUGGCAGAAGGUGUAAUCUCUUGUCUCGAGGAACUUCUAAAGAAAUGUCACAUUGGAUCCAUAGAUCAGAUGGUUGUAAUUAUGAAGAAGUUAACUAGUGCUGCUAUUUUAUCACCAUCUGAGGCUGCUGAAGAGUUUCGUGAAGGGAUCAUCAAAUGUUUCCGGGCAAUGAUAUCUGGUCUGCUUCCAUGCUUUGAUGAUUCUUGCUCAUGUAAACGCACUGUUGGCUGGCCUCAACUGUCAGAUAGAAGAGAUUAUCAAACUCAAGUUUCAGAGUCUUAUAAGUAUGAUUUUGAAACUCGAGAAUGCUUGCUCGCAUUUCUUCAGUCUCAGUCUGCUUUGGCUGCUGUGGGUCAUUGGCUUUCCAUUCUUCUCAAAGUCGCUGAUGCUGAGGCUUCUCGAGGACAUCGAGGAAGUGCAAAUCUUCGAGUUGAAGCCUUUAUGGCUUUACGGAUACUUGUGGCUAAGAUUGGUACUGCUGAUGUGUUGGCGUUUUUUCUACCUGGUGUUGUUAGCCAAAUUGCCAAAGUGUUGCAUGUUUCGAGAGCAAUGAUAAGCGGAGCUGCAGGAAGUGUUGAUGCAUUGGACCAAGCAAUUAGAGGGUUAGCGGAGUUUCUUAUGAUCGUCCUUGAGGAUGAGGCUAAUUCAUCGACUCUCGACGUUUCUGAUGAUGAUACUAAGUCGCAGAAGCAUGAAUCUGCACACUCAAUUUUAGACGAACUUCGUUCUCUGACAACAAAAUCUCAAGGGCAGAGCGACGAGCUGACAGAAAUUACAAACCAAGAGAUUGUUACCAUCAAUGUACCUGAAAAAUCCAAUCUGAAUCUGAGUCGUGACUCCUUUCAUGUUGAACGUACGAAGAAAUGGUUAGAUAGCACUACAUCUCACGUGAAUAAGCUGCUGUGUGAGACAUUUCCUCAUAUUCUUAUUCACCCAGCCGGCAAAAUUCGAUGGGGAUUUCUAGCAGCAAUACGUGGAUUGCUAUCUAAGAGUUCUUGCUCAUUGAAGGGUGCUAGAUUAGUGAUGUUGGAAUGCGUAUGUACUCUGGCUAUUGAUGACUCCGAUGAAGUUUCUGUAGCAGCUCAGGAAUUUCUCGAUGAUUUAUUCUCCGAAAGUACGAAAUACCACAUAGAGAGUGAUAUAAUUAAGAUCUUUAGCAGACUACUUGAGAGGCUUCCAAAAGUGGUUCUGGGGAAUGAGGAAUUGCCUGCACUUUCGGUGGUGAAGCAGUUACUCGUCAUCACUUAUUAUUCUGGUCCUCAGUUUUUGGCGGAUCAUCUUCAGUCUCCCAUAACAGCUAGCAGAUUCCUGGAUAUAUUUUCUCUCUGUCUGAGCCAUAAUUCAGCAUUCACCGGUUCUCUUGAGAAACUCAUCGCAGAAAGGCCUUCAUCAUCGACAGGUUACCUCCCUUCUAUCACAGAACUAAAAGUGGGGUUCCGGGAGACCAGAUACAACCGUGCUGUCCCAAAUAUCACAGAAACAGAUCAAGUAAAAAUGGAGAUAUCGUCCCCCACUAGCUAUAUGUUACCUCGCAUGCCUCCUUGGUUUUCUUAUGUUGGUAGCCAGAAGCUCUACGAGAUGCUCGCUGGAAUCCUUAGACUUGUAGGCUUAUCCUUAAUGGCAGGAUUUAAAAACGAAGGGCAUUUAGCAGUCAUCCUGGAUAUUCCUUUGGGGUUUGUCCGUAAAUUGGUUUCAGAAGUUCGUGUAAAGGAGUAUAACGGAGAAGACUGGCAGUUGUGGUGUAAUCGAACUGGUUCAGGACAAUUAGUUCGCCAGGCGGCAACUGCUGCUUGUAUCUUGAAUGAGAUGAUCUUUGGUCUAUCGGAUCAAGCAAUGGAUGCUCUCUCAAGACUGCUUCGGAAGUCAAGAAAGGGAAGAGACAAAAGAUCCUGGGAAAUCUCAUGGAACAAACGUGCAAAAACAAAUCUUAUUGAUUGCGUUGGUAAAAUCCUGCAUGAAUACCAAUCUUUUGAAGUUUGGGAUCUCCCUGUGGACCAAAAGACAAUUCUGGGCCAAACCGAUACAGAUGUGCAACAUAUUAGUCUGCAUUUCUUAAGAGAUAGUGCAAUGCUACACCAAGUUAUAAUAGAAGGAAUAGGUGUGUUUUCCUUGUGUCUAGGGAUUGACUUUGCUUCAAGUGGAUUUCUUCACUCUUCGCUUUACCUUCUGCUUGAGAGUCUUACCUGCUCGAGCUUCCAAGUUAGAAAUGCUUCAGACGCUGUCCUACGUCUUCUUGCUUCCACCUCAGGCCACCCCACAGUUGGGCAUCUGGUUGUUGCAAAUGCGGAUUAUGUUAUUGACUCUAUUUGUCGCCAGCUGCGCCACCUGGAUCUUAAUCCUCAUGUCCCAAAUGUUCUAGCUGCUAUGCUUUCUUAUAUCGGGGUUGCCCAUGAUAUAUUGCCUUUGUUGGAGGAACCGAUGCGAUUAGUUUCUCAGGAACUUGAAAUUGUUGGUAGACAACAGCAUCCAAAUCUAACUUUACCCUUCUUGAAGGCUGUUGGUGAGAUUGUAAAUGCAUCAAAGAGCGAGGCUUGCUUAUUACCAGAACGAGCCAAGUCAUAUAGUGACCACGUUAAGGCCAAAGCAACUGAUGCGAUAACAUUGAGGCAAGAGAGAGAUUCAGAUUCUGACAAAAUAGUUGACGACGAAGAAGAAUGGGAAAACACACUGCUUGAACUGAAUCGUUCUAAACGAUACAGACGAACAGUUGGAUCAAUCGCCUCUUCUUGUUUAAUAGCGGCCACGCCUCUCCUAGUAUCAUCAAAUCAAGUCUCAUGCUUAGUUUCCCUCGAUAUAAUUGAGGAAGGAGUAGUGGCGCUGGCUAAAGUCGAGGAAGCUUAUCGAGCUGAGACAGAAACCAAAGAAACAAUUGAAGAAGUCAUUGAAUUUGCUUCACUCUAUCAGCUUAAAGACUACAUGAAUGCUAGCGAUGAUGGAGCAGAUGAAAACCGGCUUUUACCCGCUAUCAACAAAAUCUGGCCACUCUGUGUUGCUUGCAUACGAAACAGAAAUCCCAUGGCUGUGCGGAGAUGCUUAGUCGUGAUAACCCGAAUCAUUCAAACAUCAGGAGGAGAUUUCUUCUCACGUCGUUUCCGCAUCGAUGGCUCGGACUUUUGGAAGCUUUUAACAACGUCUCCAUUCCACAUUAUGACGGCGAAGAACCUCCGGGAAGACAACAAAUCGGCUCUCCGGCUUCCUUACAGAACCAUUUCCGAGUCAUCUUCUUCGAUUGCUGAAGUUUCCAGCUUGAAAGUGCAGGCUGCACUUCUCGAUAUGAUCGCUGAGCUUUCCAGAGAUAAACGCAGUGCUUCAGCGUUAGAUGCAGUCUUGAAGAAAGUUGCAGGAUUGGUCGUUGGGAUUGCGUGCAGCAGCUUAACUGGUUUAAGAGAAUCGGCUCUGAAUGCGUUGAGAGGAUUGGCUUGCAUUGAUCCUGAUCUCAUUUGGAUUCUCUUAGCUGAUGUGUAUUAUUCUCUCAAGAAGAAAGAUUUGCCUCUUCCACCGUCUCCGGAGUUUCCAGAUAUCUCUAAGGUUUUGCCUUCACGGCCGGCAGAAGAUUCUCGGACAAGGUUUCUCUACGUAGAGUACGGUGGUCGAAGCUAUGGUUUUGAGUUGGAGUUUAGCUCCGUUGAGAUAAUCUUUAAGAAAAUGCAGUCUCUUGUCUUUGUAGACCAAAUGCAUUGUUAAUGCUUUGCUUGUAGUAAAUACUUUUCUGAAAACAUGGGUAGAAAAACUUGCUAAUAUAUAGUUCAAGACUUCAAGUGUCACAUUGAGCAAAGCUAGUAAAUUGGGAUUUUAAUU